GAAUAAGCGAAGCGCCGGCAUCCAAUCCCCCCCCUCCGUGGAAUGAUCAGGCCGGCCGGGGAAAAUGCGACUACGAGUCGUCGUCCUCUUCACCUAUCCUGAUCAUUUCUUAAUAGGACUACCACGAACCUUCAAGUCUAUACUUGAACAAUGCUAGCCAGAAAACAAAGCGUCCGGGGAGAACCAAUCCUCGCAGACUAUGGACCUGAUGAAAGCCUUAAUGAAAAUGCUGAUAUCGAGUGGGUUAACAAGGUAUGGGUGCGACGAGUACUGCGUAUGUGUGCGCUUCUGUCCUUGGUUUCUGUCAGCCUCAACACCACACGAACGUUUGAGAAGCACCCGCCCCUUGUAUACGUCACCUUCUGCUGGGACAUCUUCGCCACUCUGCUCUUCACUGCAGAGAUGAUUGCCAAGAUGCACAUCCGGGGGCUCAUUACGGGAGAGUCACCCUACCUGAAAGACCGGUGGUGUCAGUUUGAUGCCACAAUGGUAUUUUUUCUUUGGAUAUCAGUUAUUCUUCAGGUUUUCGAAAUCACGGAAGUGGUUCCCAAGUUUUCCUACCUGUCCAUCCUGCGAGCUCCUCGACCUCUGAUCAUGAUCCGAUUCAUUCGAGUCUUCCUCAAAUUUUCAAUGCCAAAGUCCCGAAUCAACCAAAUUUUCAAACGAUCAAGCCAGCAGAUAUACAAUGUGACAUUGUUCUUCCUGUUCUUCAUGUCUCUAUAUGGUCUGCUGGGAGUACAGUUUUUUGGCGAGAUGAGCAGCCACUGUGUUAGAAAUGGAACGAUUGCAGAGAAGGUCACGCUGAAUGACCUUGCAGUGCCAGACGCCUACUGUUCAAUGGACAAAGAGUCCGGGUAUGAAUGUCCUCAGGGAAUGGUGUGUAUGGAUCUGAAUCUUCCAAAGAGCAUUUCUGGGUUCAAUGGCUUCGACGAUUUCGCCCAUAGUUUUUUUACGGUGUACCAAGCAGCCUCCCCCGAGGGAUGGGCCAUUCUCAUGUACCAGGCCAUGGAUAGUCUUCCAGCGUGGAGAGCCACUUUCUACUUCACCACCAUGAUUUUCUUUCUCGCAUGGUUGGUCAAGAAUGUGUUCAUUGCGGUCAUCACAGAAACAUUCAACGAGAUUCGAGUACAAUUUCAGCAAAUGUGGGGAGAAAGGGUACAAAUUCAAACUGAAUCAACACCUCAGGUGCUGAAAGGGGACGACUCUGGCUGGAAGCUGGUUACGGUAGACGAGAGCAAAGGCCGUGGUAAAGCUCCGCGAUGCCUUCAAGUGGCCAUCCACUCGGCUGCUUUUCAGGUCAUUGUCAUGAUGGUGAAUGUGGCGAAUGCCUUUGUGGCCGCAAGCAUUUCCUUCGUGCACGACGAGCGACCACGGGAGGACUUUUUCAAGACUUACUAUUUUGCCGAGAUUGGUUUUACAAUAUUCUUUGAUUUGGAGGUACUCCUGAAGAUUUGGUGCCUUGGUUUUAAUGGCUACAUUAAGCGUUCCCUGCACAAGCUCGAGUUCAUCCUCGCCAUUGGGACUACACUGCAUCUCAUCCCCGACUUCUUCACCUCUGAGUUGACAUAUUUUCAGGUUUUGAGGAUUGUCAGACUUAUCAAAGCAUCACCAGUGCUUGAAGACUUUGUUUACAAGAUUUUCGGUCCAGGCAAGAAAUUGGGAAGCCUUAUAAUAUUCACCAUGUGUUUACUGCUAAUCACAUCUAGCAUCAGCAUGCAGUUAUUCUGCUGCCUUUCAGACUUCAUGAAAUUUGAAUCAUUUCCAGAGGCAUUUAUGUCGAUGUUCCAAAUCCUCACUCAGGAAGGCUGGGUUGAGGUGAUGAACGAAACGAUGUUACGAACAAGCAAAACGAUUGGCCCACUCGUGGCCAUUUAUUUCAUCCUCUAUCACCUCUUCGUGUCUUUGAUUGUGCUCAGUCUCUUUGUAGCUGUCAUUCUCGACAACUUGGAAUUAGAUGAAGACAUAAAGAAGCUUAAACAGCUGAGAGCGAGAGAACAAAGUGCGGGCAUCACUGAUGGCUUACCUAUACGGCUCCGCUUCUUUGAAAGGUUUGCCGAUAGUCCACAAAUGACCCGACUCCAUAGAGCACCCUCGGAGUUUGGCGUGCCCAAGGUUCGGGAGAGCUUUAUGCGUCAGUUUGCGGAGGAGCUGCCCGAGGAGUGCUCGGAGCUGAAGAAGGCGGCCGCUGCCGAUCUACCCGAGAACCUAGUGACAUACCGCAAAAAGCCGCCCAUUCACCUGCUGUCCUCACCGAGCAAAGGCCGCAAUGCUGCCAGUCUACUUAAGAAAGUCAGCGUCACCAGCAUUGUUCUUGACUCCAACAACCAGCGACUACUGGAUGGGGAAUCUGGACCUGUUCCAGCGACUGUCAAAGGUCAAAAGCAGGCUCAGAAGCAACCUAUGAGAUUGGAUCGUAGGUUCUCCCGGUCUAGAAGCAUGCGGAGGUCUGUUCGUGGCUCCGUGAAGAUGAAGCAGACCUAUGAUCACUUGAAAGAAAAUGGAGACAUGGGUUCUGUCAAUGCCGCUACGUCAGGCAGGAGCCUGCACGAUUUCGACAUCAAAAUGCUGCAGCAGAAGCGUCAGCAGGCUGAGAUGAAGAGGAAUCAACGAGAAGAGGACCUCCGCGAAAACCACCCCUACUUUGACACGCCUCUGUUUGUAGUGGGCAGGGAGAGCAAGUUCCGCAAGAUCUGCCAAACGAUCGUGUACGCCCGCUAUGACCCCCGGUUCAGGGACCCCGUCACUGGACAGGAACGCAAGAUUAAGUACAAGGCCGUGCACAACCUGCUUGGACUUGUCACAUACCUCGACUGGAUGAUGAUCUUCGUCACAACACUGUCAUGUGUGUCCAUGAUGAUGGAGACACCCACACAGCGAAUUAUGAACACACCAAUGCUCCAGAUUGCAGAAUACGUUUUUGUAGUAGCAAUGAGCAUAGAACUGACCCUGAAAACUCUUGCCGAUGGAUUAUUUUUCACACCAAAAGCCCUUAUCAAGGACAUCGGAGGCAUCGGAGAUGUCUUCAUUUUCAUAGUAAGCCUGGUCUUCCUGUGCUGGAUGCCCCAGCGAGUCCCGCCACAGUCGGGCACCCAAUUGCUGUUGUUGCUGCGCUGCGUGCGGCCGCUCAGGAUCUUCAGCCUUGUGCCUCACAUGCGCAAGGUGGUCUGCGAGCUGUGCCGAGGAUUUAAGGAAAUUCUCCUGGUCUCCAUUCUGUUAAUUGUUCUCAUGUUUGUCUUUGCGUGUUAUGGUGUGCACUUGUUUGGUGGCCGACUAGCCCGUUGCAAUGAUCCGGAUAUCAAAACGAGGAAGGAGUGUGUCGGGUUUUUUAUGCGCAAGGUAUUUGUUACCAAAAUGAAGCUCCAGCCAGCAGAAAACGACACUUACCCUGUAAUCCUGGUGCCUCGUGUUUGGGCAAACCCUCGCAGGUUCAACUUUGACAGUAUUGGCAAUGCUAUGUUAGCACUCUUUGAGGUGCUCUCUUUCAAGGGAUGGCUAGACAUUCGUGACGUUCUCCUACACAGGCUGGGACCAGUUCAUGCCAUUUACAUUCACAUAUUUGUGUUUCUUGGCUGUAUGAUUGGGCUGACACUGUUUGUCGGUGUUGUGAUUGCUAACUACAGUGAAAACAAGGGAACGGCUCUGCUGACAGUUGACCAGCGCCGCUGGUGUGACCUGAAGAAGCGACUCAAGAUUGCGCAGCCCCUGCACCUGCCACCUCGCCCAGACCACCACAAGCUGCGCGCCUUCAUCUACGACAUCACCCAGAACCUGCUCUUCAAGAGGGCCAUUGCCAUGCUCGUCAUGGCCAACAGCAGCCUACUAUGCGUCAGCUGGAAAUCGGAUGAACCUCAUACGAUCCCGCUUGCGACAGUUUCUGCCGGUUUCACAAUAUUAUUUACUGUUGAGGUUACUAUGAAGAACAUUGCUUUCACACCCAGGGGAUACUGGCAAAGCAGGAGAAAUCGAUAUGAUCUGUUCGUCACAUUUCUCGGCGUCAUCUGGGUGAUCAUGCAUUUUAUGAUGAUGAAUGACUUCAGUAACUCAUUUGGAUUUGUUGUGGUUAUAUUACGUUUCUUCACUAUUACUGGUAAACAUGCCACCUUGAAGAUGUUAAUGCUGACUGUGGUGGUCUCCGUGUACAAAAGCUUUUUCAUCAUCAUGGGCAUGUUUCUUCUCAUCUUGUUUUAUGCUUUGACUGGAGUCAUUCUCUUCGGGAACGUCAAAUUCGGGGAACACAUUGGAAGGCAAGCAAACUUUAAAACCGCCCCCAACGGAAUGGCUAUGCUAUUCAGGAUAGUCACCGGAGAAGACUGGAACAAAAUCAUGCACGAUUGCAUGGUCAGUCCUCCGUAUUGCACCCUUGCUGCCAACUACUGGGAAACAGAUUGCGGGAACUUCACUGGGAGUCUUAUCUUCUUCUGCUCUUUUUACGUUAUUAUUACUUACAUCGUGCUUAACCUUUUAGUGGCUAUUAUUAUGGAGAACUUUUCUUUGUUUUACUCCAACGAAGAAGAUGCACUUCUAAGCUAUGCAGACAUUCGAAAUUUUCAGAACACAUGGAACAUGGUCGAUAUUCAGCAAAGGGGGUUGAUUCCAAUAAGGCGCGUAAAAUUUGUUCUAAGGCUUCUGAAAGGCCGUCUUGAAGUGGAUCCAGAAAAAGACAGGCUGCUUUUCAAACACAUGUGCUAUGAAAUGGAGCGCCUCCACAAUGGAGAGGAUGUGACAUUUCACGAUGUGCUCAACAUGUUGUCGUACCGGUCAGUGGAUAUCCGCAAAGCCCUGCAGCUGGAAGAGCUGCUCGCCCGGGAGGAACUGGAGUACCUCAUUGAAGAGGAAGUGGCCAAGCAGACCAUCCGCGAGUGGCUAGACAAGUGCCUACGAAGGAUCAAAGCGCAAAGGUUUCAGCAGAAGGAGCAGAACAGCCUGAUCCACAGCCUGCGGGCCACCAACGAGGCCCUGUUUCCAGGGGGCAUAGGUGCAGAAGCUGCACCAAACAAGCCCUCCACCUCAGAAGCCCUGAAAGAUGAGGGGAAAGACGAACCCUCAUCGUCCCUAAGGCUGCGCAAGAAGGGCCUUGGCGCGCGCUCAGACAGCAUCUCCUCACAGGGAGGCCGCAAGUUUCUUAUUCCUUCUCUCUCGGAAGGCACCACCAGAGUUGAAAAGGAGAGGUUCCAAAUGAAGAAAUGGGCCACGCGCCCAGUUGGCACCAAGGGCCUGCCAGACGUGAGUGAGGGCAGCGAGCUGUCGUCGCCCACGCCUGACGAAGAGGAGAACAACAACGGGGCUGCGGGCUACCGGGCGCUCCGCAUGAGCUCCCUGGUCGGUGAAGUGCAUGACUGGUGGGGCUCCCAGCUCGAGCUGUCGAGCGCCUCCGACUCGGAUGCAUGACGCUGCCCGCCAUUCCCUACCUACACCGCCUCUUGUGCCACUGCCGAGACGCGAUCGCGCGACAGCCCCCUCUCACUCUGACCCCUGCCACAUAGCUUCUCCCAACGGAGGGAGGCCGGGCAGCAAACACUGGUUUUGACAGACACUCGUAGAGUGUGCAAUGGCGCAGUGCCGAAGUUGGCUCUUGUAGGCUGUGCCUGUUAUGAGCAAUUUUACACCUCUGUUGAUGUUUAGCGGUUUCCUCAUGCCAUUUACGAGGUAAAAGCCUACAAUAUAUAUAUUUUUUGCAGCCACGCUGCUUGUCAGCACGGGCACAUUCUGCAUGCAUUCAUUCAGAGUGCACAUGCAUUCCUUCUUGUAAAAGCAAGGAAAGCUAGUUUUCUCACGAUGCAAUCAUAAACGCUUCGUAUUUAUUGCGCAGAUGCCUGUCCUCUAUGAUUAUCAGCGAAAUAGCGCAUUUUAUGCAAUGUGAACAGGCACGACUUGCCACAUGUUGCAGUUAUUUACCGACUGUACUGCAUGCACUCAUCGUAGGGGGGGAAGGUGACACAGUGCUGAAGUUUAUUAUCAGCAAGUACACCUCCUUACAGUUUUGAAAACAACACUUGGGUUGUUGGUCCUAAGAAUCCACUUGUUUGCAGGAUAAGAUAUGUGCAUGAUGCAAAAAA